AUGACCGUGAACAGUGACCCCGACGUUGUUGAUGGCAUCGAGUAUUGGACUACGCAACCCGCAAGUAAUGAUGGAGUUCUAGGUGGUUAUGGAUUAGGGUCCCUUCCGAGGAUAGAUUCGUUGGGCUCAAGGCUCUUCCUACUCGACCUGUAUCCCGAUCUAUCAACUGUUCCAUCCUCACGUCGUUCUCUCACUUCUUCCAAUCCUCCCACAAGGACACGAGCUCUGGACGUCGGGGCUGGUAUCGGUCGUGUCACCGCGGACGUCCUCCUCUAUCUUGUUUCUGACGUCGUUCUUCUUGAACCGGUAGAUCCGUUUGUUCAAGAAGCCCUCGCUCGUGCGCGCUCGAGCACUAUCAACUCUGACCUGCCCCGAGGUCAUCCGUCCUGGCCUGGAAUCGCGGAUCAGACGAAGAGCAUUGGGGCUGGCUUUGACGUUAUCUGGUGUCAGUGGUGCCUGGGUCAUUUGAAUGAUCGUGAUUUAGUCGCGUUCUUCCGACGCAGCCAUGACGCUUUAAGAGGCAAAGCUGGAAAGGGUCUCAUCGUAGUGAAGGAAAACAUAUGUCAGGAUCGUGAAGAUGGCACGGGUGAAUCCAUAUUCGACGAGCAGGAUUCAAGUUUAACUAGAUCGGACCUGGCUUGGAAAGAUAUAUUUAAACAAGCUGGACUAAAACUUGUAAAAGAGAAAGUCCAGGAAGGUCUGCCAGAGGGCUUGUAUGUCGUAAAAAUGUAUGGUUUACGUUGAGAAACUGUUACAUAUCCCAAUCACAACUUAUCGUACAUGUAUGGAAGAAAGAUGUCAAGAAGAAAAUCCUAUCAGGUAUCAU